AUGAACGUCGACAAUGACACCGAGUGGACAUGCAGUUCGUCAAGUACUGCGGGAAUGCUCCUGUCAGAUCCUCAUCGCCAAGUGCAUCUGAUGCGGCUGGCGCAGGAUUUGGUUGUCUACGACCAAGCCAACGUCAACAAAGAGCCGGGCCCUCGUCGACCUUCGAUGGCCAGGGAAGGCCAGCCGGGGCCGCUCAAGGUCGAGAUGGGGUCUUCCGGAAUUCUGACGAUCACUGGUGCGGCCGUGUACCAGGUCGACGGCGAUGGGGACGAUAUCGUGAUGGUAACGUCUCACUAG